UGUGCUUUUAUCAUCACCAUGGCUCUCCGAGUUUUCAUUACCUUUGCUAUAGUGGCUAGUGUAAUUGGGAGCACAGUUCCUUCAUACAACACCCCUGCGCCAACCUAUCAUGCUCCUCCGCCAACCUAUAACGCUCCUGCUCCCUCCUACCAUGCGCCAGCUCCCUCAGAACCUGCUCAAUAUGACUUCAACUACGCUGUCAAUCACGACUAUUCUAGUAACGACUACAGUCAUCAAGAGAACCGCAACGGCUAUGACACACAGGGGUCGUAUCAUGUCUUGCUCCCUGACGGUCGUGUUCAGAGGGUUACUUACACUGUGAACGGCGACUCUGGAUACGUGGCCCAGGUUACGUACGAGGGAGAGGCCCAAUACAGCGCUCCUCGUCCUUCUACAUCUUACCAGCCUGCACCUGCAUAUGCAUAAGUGAACGAUUGUUCCUUCUGUAUCCUGUAAAGCCCCGUAUUGCUAUUCUAAAGUACUUCUUACAGGGAUACCCAUAUCUUUGUAUAGAUUUUAAGGCUUGAUAAAAUGUAACUAGUCAGUAUUAUUUGUCCUAUAAUUAUAUUUUCAUGAAUAUGAUAGGAACAUGCUUGCUAUAAUUUUAAAAUAUAUUCCUAAAGUAAU